AUGGCGGACCUGGACAUUUUUGAGGACGCGCUCUUGACCGUGUUUGACUACCACCAGCCAGCGCACGGAGACCCAGGCUCCGACAGCACAUAUACCCAUACACAACUCCCUUCAUGGUGCGACGUGAAUGGGACUCGCACAGUGCAGUACCGGAUCCCAAAUACGACGAGCACCAAUACCAAGCUCUUUGCACACCACCAAUGGGAUGCAGGCAUCCACCUGGCCAACUUGCUGGCGAGUGCGGUCUCAGGCGACGGCCCUGCUUGGGCAGAUCCACGCGCGAAAUGCGUAGUGGAGCUUGGUGCAGGGACGGGACUGCCUGGCCUCGUCGCUGCUGCGCUUGGCGCUCGCUCGACGGUCUUGACAGACUACCCUGAUACCGAGAUCCUCGCGAAUCUCGCGGCGAACGCUGCUGCACUAAAAAAGCGCGCACCCCUCUUGCUACCGCUGCAAACAAUGGGCCUUGCGUGGGGAGACGCAGCGCAGGAAGCGUACGUUGUCGUGUGCUGA